AUGCGCCGUUGUGGCGCACCUCCCACCUUCACCGCCUCUGCGCUGGUCAAAAGCGGGCUGCUCCUAUUUCUAGCUGGUGCAUACCUACUCACAGCACCCGAUGGCACCCAAGCACAAACACUGCUAGAGGAGCCACCUCUCCUGCCUCCGGCCAUCAUGCGCUUCAACCGAACCCGGGAUGGCAAAGAGGUGGUCCACAUGUCCCGCCACGUGAACAACACGAUGACCACCACCGAUGCCAUGCCCCCGCGCCCGCCGGCAGACGCGUCUAUUGAUGAGCUCUUUCAGGAAAACGAAUGCCUGCAAAUACAGUUGUACUUGCGCGAGAUGCUGGCGCGCGCAGAACGCAAGGUGCCAGAGACCCCCUGGUGGCAGGAUCGCCUUGAUCAGCUCGGUUCCACCCCAAGUCCCCUCCGUGGAGAACUCGGCGUGCUGUUUGCUACCCCCAUCUUUCGCACCAAUAUCAACCUUUUCUUCCCCAAAGAACGCGUCGCUGUAGACAACAACGUCAAUAACGCCUUCUUUGAGCGCCAGCGCAGCAUCAACAACAAGAUUGCCGAGGAGCAAAACUACACCCCCGAAGGCUUCCUGGACGACUUGAAGGAGAUGGCUGAUCUCAAGCUCUUCUGGCGCAAGUCCAUCCGUUCUUUUUGGGAGAAUGUUCCAGGUCGAGUCAAAGAUAUUGACACACUAGCCAAUGAGAAUACCAAUCAGUUCUUUUACUGGGCCGCCGUCAAUCACCAUGGCAUUGAUCACCACACCCAUGUGCACUACCGAGCGUUUAUCAGCGGCGUCUACUAUGUCAAGGUUCCACCGCUUGCCGGCGACUUUUGCCUCUACGACCCUCGCGGCUUUCCCCAGCAUCCCUUUCACAUUGAGAAGCAAAUUGCCCCCGUCGAAGCAAUGUCACGAAGCAUCAAAUCCGUGCUCUGUCCUCUGUCAUCACAGGUGAUCUGCACAUCUUUCCCGGCUACGUUCCGCACUCGGUCAAUCCAACUUUUGGUUCUGAGCCCCGAAUUGCCAUCGCCUUCAACCUCAACGUUCGUGAAAUGCAGGCUUGGACCCAUUCCUUCGGAGAACCGCUUUGUUUGCACCCACGUCUGA